CAGAAGUGCAAUUUAGUACGCAAAAGUGUUGUUUCUUCUUCGAAACUUAUUUUUUUACGUCUUUUUAGUUAUCGCUUAGUCGCGUAUUUCAUGUGUUCGCUUGCAUGAAAAAUAUAUCGCAGAAACAUUCUGAAACAUUGUGAAAGCCAAAGUGUGACGGUGGUACUUAUUAAUAUCGUUUAUUAACAGAUGAUUUCCACAUUUCCAUACGCAAAUUUGAUUCGGAAUCGCUUUAUGUAAAAUGCUUAAAAGUUCGAAGAUCCAACUAAUUGUGGUGACGCUUGUGGUUCAGCUUGCCCAACGAUUUACAGCUGCCAACAUAUUAAAUUGUGAAUUCGAAGAUACCGUUAGUCUGAAAAAUAUACGGCCACAGAGAGAUGGCUCGUAUGUUUAUGAAGGAGUUCAUAUUCCAAAAAAUUUGACAGCCUUUUAUGACUAUGAGGAGCGCUACGAUGGAACACGGCACGUUGUUUCUCCACAUAUGAGAGGCUGUGUGUGUAAAUUGAAGAAGUGUAUCAAACUCUGCUGUAAGCCCGAUGAAUUGCUCGAUGUGGACUCAAAAACAUGCAUCAAGUUCAACAAGGGACAAAAGGAAUAUUUUCCACAAAUUGUAAUGUUUACGGACAGAUACCAAAAUAGCGGUUUCAUCGAUGUGUCUAAAAAUUUCAUACACCAGCUGGGUAUCCCCUGCGACACGCUUGAAGUGUUAAAUCCUCUACUAUACACAAGUAGCCUCACCCUUUUAAUUGAUAAUGGUACCUUAAUACGCCCGUCCGAUGGAAAAUUCAUACCAAAAAGUGAAUAUUGUUUAACACCUUUCUGGUACAACACAACUUUGAGUUUAAAUCCCGUCAUCUGCUAUGAAAAUGAGCCCAUCAGUCGCUUAAAUCAUUUGAAGGUAUUACUAUUGGCCAUUUCGCUGCCAUUUUUGGUGACGACGAUUUGGGUAUAUUUGUAUAUACCGAAGCUACAUUGUCUUCAUAACAGCUGCUUAGUCGGCUAUCUCAGUACUUUUACCUUGGGGAGCUCAAUACUGGUUUCUACACUUUGGGUGCAAUACAGUCCCGCUGCCUGUCAAGCCGUGGGUUUCCUGUGUUACUUCUCCUUGAUGUCAGCUUUCUUUUGGUUAAAUAUUAGUUGUUUCGACCUCUGGCGAAGCGUGCGUGGCAUAAGGUACCAGCUACAACCGUCCAAUCCGAAGAUGCGAUUCAUUUACUAUUCUAUACACGUCUGGACAGCUGCAUUUGUUUUUACUAUAGCGACGAUAGUUGUAGAGUUUUCAAGCGUGGAUGAAGCAUGGAAAUCGGGAAUUGGUAAUGGUCAAUGUUUUAUAAAAACGAAUAGCUGGUCAGCCGUAUUUUAUUUCUAUGGACCUACUGGUUUGCUGUUUUUAUUCAACGUUAUAUUUUUCACAUUGUGUGCCAUUGAUAUUUGCCAAAUCAAGGAAGCUGCCCAUGAGUUCGAAAGUGAAAAAAGUCAACAAUACAAAUUCGCUACAUUUCUGCGCUUAUUCAUUAUGAUGGGUGUUUCAUGGAUUAUGGAGCUGCUGUCGUAUUUGUUUUGUAAGGAUGUAAAAAUUCUUUUUACAAUCUUCGAUCUAUUCAAUGACUCACAGGGAAUAAUAUUGUUCAUCUUACUUGUAUUGAGACGGAGAAUACUCGUGUUGCUGAAGGAAAGGUGGAACUCAUAAAAUUAUUUAUGGAUGUAUAAAUAAAUCUUUAUUUGCAACGAAAAUGAACUCGCAAUUUUUCAAGCGUAAAGUGGGCUUAUCUUUCUUGAUUUCCUGGAAGCACUUGCAUUCCU